AUACCACACGCUUAGAAUUCAUCAUUUCCGAUUUUUAACCAUCCUUCCUUUUUCCCAAAGAAUCGACAGAAACUUCACCUACCGCAAAAUGUACGGAUUUUUACACGAAAGUUUCUGAUGACAUGCCAUCGACAAAACGAGAAUCAUGCGAAGGAAAGGAUUGCAAAUGUAUGAUUUGUCGCGAGCUGAGUGACUGCAGGAUGCCGGCUAAUCUCGAGGCUCCACCUCGCCGCGAGGGCGUCAACUUCAUUCUACGUCGCGGCCUCCCCUUCGCAAGUAAAUCUCCGACCAAGGAAUGGUUAAACGUAAGCGACAACACGCCUAAAUCAGCUUGCGACGAAGAUGGCAUCAUAACGGAGAAGACUAAUCACAGGCGUAAGAUGGGAGGAGAGUCGAUGGCGCACCACGUGGUGGUGGGUGACAAUUUGAAAAAAAACGAUAAAGAUGUGGCUCACAGGACCGUGAUCUACUUUGGCGACACUAAUCAGAGGCAGAACAAAUUAAAUGGCAAAGAAGUCGUUCAAUCGGCUGCGAGAAAGGAGGAAUCGAGAAAGAUAGGGGAUUUCAAAAAGGAGGGGCAAGUUGAUAAAAGUUCAGAGGAUGGAAGGUGUGGCGAUAUGGAUAAAAAUGAGAGGCAACGAUCGACACUGGGCCUGAUAGAGAGCAACGAAGAGGUGGAGAAGACCAAGGUCACGCACGAAAUCGUGGUGAACGUUAGCCCCAGCAGGGAGGACGUGCUGAGGAUCGAGGAGGACGAGAGCCAGGUCGUGGAUUAUUGGUCCUUGCCGGGGGACAACACCGGGUUCAAGGCAGACUGGAGCUUCGUCCAGCAGUGGCGCCUGAGGGGGUAAAUCAAGCGAAUGUUACGUUUACCGUGACGAUGAAAAAUGAGUAUGUACCGUAGGGUUCGUGCAUGGAAUUCGCAUAACCACGCCGUGCUCCUGUCUUCGCUGUGGUUAACGGUUUUUCCAAAUAGUUAUAAGUGGUUGCGAGAAAUAGGUUGGGAGAUUUGAUGAACGUGUCGUG